CCCGGCUCAUGUCUCCAGUCAGUCCCAGCAGAGCAGAGGCUAAGGCCGGAGGAAUGUCAGACACCGAGCGCACAGCUGAUCCUCACUCACACACACUCAUCUGAAACAGAAGGAGCAGCGGAGCCUGAGGUCUGAAGUUGUUGGUUUCUUUCUGUUCGUGUGCGGCUCGACAUGCCACCUCACAUGGAUUACUUCGACCACGAGUCCCGAGUCCCCUCCGCCUGCGGGCUGACCCGGGAGGACGAGCUGGAGCCCGGCGCCAUCAGCUGCAUGCUGGUCGGGGACGGAGCCGUGGGCAAGACGAGCAUGAUCGUCAGCUACACCUCCAAUGGUUACCCCACAGAGUACAAGCAGACUGGGUUCGACGUCUUCUCCGGUCAGGUCCAAGUGGAAGGAUCACCGGUCAAAGUUCAGCUUCUGGACACUGCUGGACAGGAGGAGUUUGAUGAGUUCAGAGCUCUGUCCUACGCCCACGCGGACGUCUUCCUCCUGUGCUUCAGCAUGGUCAACCCCACCUCGUUUCACAACAUCACCAAGAAAUGGGUCUCGGUGAUCCGGGCUCACAACCAAUCCGCGCCCAUCAUCCUUGUCGGGACCCAGUCGGACCUCCUACUGGACGUGAACGUCCUCAUCAACCUGGACAGAUCUAACGUCAAGCCCGUCCUGAGCUCCAGGGCCAGAAGCAUGGCGGAGAAGAUCAGGGCCUCGGACUACAUUGAGUGCUCGUCUCUCACACAAAAGAACUUGAAGGAGGCCUUUGAUGCGGCCAUCUUUGCCGCCAUUAAGAACAAAACUCGCAAGAGCAAGAAGAGGAGGUUUUCCGACAGGCGCACCAAAGCGUUCUCCAGGUGCAGCUGGAAGAAGUUCUUCUGCUUCAUCUGAACUCUGUUAUCUGUUAACCCUGUGGGUUAUGGACUACAAUUGAACUUAUUUAAGUGUUUCACUUUCACUUGAUGUUACAGGUACCACUUGUGGUAGUUUAACUUCUUGUCCUUGCAAGAUAUUUGGCUUCUUUUACACUGGGAUGCCAAAUGGUGCAAAACACAACAAAUCAUGGGCACAAUGAGCAUUGGAAACAAAUAUCAGUUGAGACGGCAGAGAGGAUUCUGGGUCUGGUUUCAUCCUCCUAUAAGUUUUCAGGACAGCAGAAAUAUUUACAUUAUAUUCAUGUUAGUGUUCCAGACCAACAGAAGAACAUCAUCUGCAUAUUAAAUGAGUGUAUGUAUGCUUCCAUGUGUGUUAAAGGGAAAAGGGGCUGUGAAAUGGGACUUGAGAGGAAGUGAAUAUAUCAAGUGAACUCACUCAAGACCAUCAUGUAAAUGCUAUGAAUUUGCAUGAUGAGCUUCGCCACCGACCCCGACCUCUUAAUUCAAGCGAGAGAGAAACAGAAAGUGUCGGCUCCGUGUUUGAGCAGAAGGGCGUUAGCCGCCUCUGUUGUAUUCUUACUGUCUGGUUGCACCAGCUUAUUUAUAUGCAGCAGCUGCAAGUUCAGGUUGCAGAGCGAGGUGCCACAUUCUUACCUGUGUGUGAAAGCUCUCCCGGCUGGUUUUGGGAGGGUGUUCUCUGGCCUUUGAGUCAAACAACUGACAAUCCUGCCACCCCAAUCGGAGUUUUAUCAACUCUUGAUGUGACAAAUAUAUUUCCUUUGUGUGGAUCCUCUGAUUUGGCCCAGGAACUCUUGUGUGUUGUGAAAGGUUUGCGCGGGAGCAGUAACCUGUGGCUUUUUGUUCCCGGCUCUCAUCAAUCUGCAUCUGUAAAAGCAAGCCCUGCAGGAGUCCACCCUGCAGAUCCUCCCACCACCUCCACCAGCCUCUUUGUUUAUAUGCUCAAUACACUCCUUAUCUCCUGAAUAGCCCAGUGUGUACCGAGUGUGAGGAUGCUAAACAGCCUCUGUGUUAAUGUAAGCGUAGGCCACGCACUUUUUAAAAAGAAAAGGCUUUGUGCUUGUGACAAAUGUGCAAAAAGAAAAUCUUAUAUUGCAAUGUAGUGUAAUGAUGUCUGGUGAAUAUACAAGUGUAUAUAUACGACAAGGCUUAACUAUGCUUCUUGUGGAAGUCAUUUUGAUUGUUUUGUAAAAACAGUUCAUUUUUCAUGUUUAUGUUUAUGAAAUAUUCACAAACACAUGGAUUUUAAAUGCAUUUGUCUGCGCCAUAAACUCUGUUUGUCAACUUCUGUAUCACUGUCCAUCUCCCUCUCUAACCUGUUUGUCUUCUUUUUUUUUACAUGUCGGAGUGAUGCAAAUAAAUGAAGUGCAAAUACA